AUGCUGUUCAACACAACCUGUAAUGCGACGCUGGACGAGAUGCUGAUUGGCGACUCGGAGGUACCAUUGGUAGGAAAUAUGACAUUCCAUACCCUCGGUCUCAUCAUCGCGGCAGCGACCGCCUUAAUCGCCACAUUACUAUCUCUGUAUCUUAUCUGGAUGCAUGCCACCAAUUAUACGAAGCCCUAUGAGCAAAGACAUAUCAUCCGAAUCCUCUUCAUGAUCCCAGUUUAUUCCGCGGCCUCGUUCCUCGCCUUCUGGUUUUACUGGCAUGCGAUAUAUUUCCACGUUAUAUCAGAGUGCUACGAAGCUUUUGCGAUCGCCUCUUUCUUUGCGCUCAUGUGCCACUACAUUGCGCCAGAUUUACACGAACAGAAGCAUUACUUUCGAACUAUAGAGCCUGUAGGAUGGGUGUGGCCGGUGUCAUGGGCGAUGAAGUGCUGCGGCGGACAGAGGGGGCCUUGGAGGACACCCCGAAGCGGGCUGACGUGGUUCAACAUUAUUUGGACGGGAGUCUACCAAUACUGUUUCAUACGGAUUGGGGCGACUGUUGUUGCGGUUAUAACUCAGUACUUUGGUAAAUACUGCGAGUCUUCCAACUCACCAGUAUUUGCGCAUAUCUGGGUCCUGGUUAUCGAAGGCGCUGCUGUUACAGUCGCGAUGUUCUGCCUUAUUCAGUUCUAUAUUCAACUUCGCAAAGACCUUGCUCCCCACAGUCCGUUCCUAAAGGUUCUAGCCAUCAAACUCGUCAUCUUCCUUUCGUUUUGGCAAACUUUCCUCAUUAGUAUCUUGACUUCCGCCACAUUCAACGUGGUCAAACCUACUACUACUCUUGCGUAUCCGGAUCUCAAGGUCGGGAUCCCAUCACUCCUACUAUGUGUUGAAAUGGCUAUCUUCGCCUUUUUGCAUCUGUUUGCAUUUCCAUACCAGCCGUACAAGAAAGGCACCGAGGUGGGGAAAUACCCAAUAUCAGCUUCUGGCACUGAUAGCCCACCAAUGAACACACUUGGAAAGAAUGAGGGUGGUCUUCUCGGAUGGAGAGCGAUCGCCGAUGCGAUGAACCCCUGGGAUUUGGUCAAAGCUUUUGCAAGAGGCAUGCGGUGGUUAGUUGUUGGACGAAAACAUCGAGAGAAUGAUACAUCGUACAAGAACGGCCAGGAAAAUGAUAUGGUGUUAGAACCAUCACAGAGAGCAUACAAAGGAGACGACCAUCUCCCAAUCGCGAAUGAAUUCCGCAGAAGCAAAUAUGGCAUUCCAAGCGCUGGACCGAACGAAGUACCGGGCGAGGAGGGCGCAGGGCUCAUCACCCACGCCCAGCCAAAUCCCCAAAAUUCUAGCUCAGGUUACGAUCCCAUGCGUCAACGCUCCGAUUCUGAUGACCGAAGUUUAAGUCCAGACCGCUUCAUGGGGGAAAAUCCCACCCCAGGAUCGCUGACGGAAAAAGGGAACCGCGGGCAAGGAAAUAUGGGCAUGGCCGCCGCUCAGGGGGAGCCCGAACCCUAUCAGAGCCAUGCCAUUCCACAACCCUUCCCAUCGGCAAUACAAUCAGAAGCCUACCUAGAGGAUAGGCGGCACCAACGAAGACAACAACCUAAUCCCUCAGAGCAAUGGGCAAAUUCCAGCCGGCCGGUCGGUGACGCCCAGGAAGUACAUAAUGCACUAUGGGGAGGAAGGCCGCCACCGAAGCCGAGAGAUGAUGGGAAUCAGUUCUGA